AGGCCAAUAGAGGCAGAGAGAGACAGAGAGAGAGGGAGAGCGCGGCAGAGAACAAUGGUGUCGGGGUCGGGGAUCUGCGCGAAGAGGGUGGUGGUUGAUGCGCGGCACCAUAUGCUGGGGCGGCUGGCGUCGAUCGUGGCGAAGGAGCUGCUGAACGGGCAGAAGGUGGUGGUGUUGAGGUGCGAGGAGAUAUGCAUCUCCGGAGGCCUUGUUCGCCAGAAGAUGAAGUACAUGAGGUUCCUCCGCAAGCGCAUGAACACUAAACCCUCCCACGGCCCCAUCCACUUCCGCGCCCCCGCCAAAAUCUUCUGGCGCACGGUCCGCGGGAUGAUUCCGCAUAAGACGAAGCGUGGGGCAGCGGCGCUUGCCAGGUUGAAGGCGUACGAGGGAAUGCCUCCACCGUACGAUAAGGUCAAGAGGAUGGUUAUCCCCGAUGCUCUAAAGGUGUUGAGGCUUCAGAAGGGGCAUAAGUACUGCUUGAUGGGCCGUCUCUCAUCAGAGGUUGGAUGGAACCACUACGACACUAUCAGGGAGCUGGAGAAGAAGAGAAAAGAGCGGUCUCAGGUUGCAUAUGAGAGGAAGAAGCAGCUGAACAAACUUAGGGUGACGGCUGAGAAGACUGCUGAGGAAAAGCUUGGCUCCCAACUAGACAUCCUUGCUCCGGUUAAGUACUGAAAUUAUAGAUUAGGUAGAGUUGCACACAGUUUUGCAUGAGGGUUACGGUUCUAAUGAAUUUCCUGUCAGUUUUGUUGCUUGUUUGAAUUGAUAAAUUAUGAAUUACUAUCCAGUUUUGUUGGAUUGUUUGUAGAAUGUUUCUUUCAUCAUUCCGAUAAUUUAUAUUGUUGGUCAAUUUAUUGCUCA